UUAACAUCUCAGUAAUUGACAGUCGCGUGUGGGACAAGAGGGGACCGCAAACAUGAAGCUGUGUCGCACUUUUAUAGAAAAUGAGUUUCGGGGUGAGCUCCUGAAUCAGCGGUGGACGCGAGGCGAGAGGAUCAGCCGCUGCCAGCCCACACAGAGACUGCAGAGCAGACCAAUCAAAAUGAGUGUGGAGAGCGAUGACAAGCGAAACACACGCUCCAAGGGAAUCAGAGUUUCCAUAGAUCUUGUUGGACAAGAGCUAAGCUGCCCCACCCCAGGAUGCAAUGGCUCUGGCCACAUCAGUGGGAGAUAUUCACGUCACAGAAGUGUGCUGGGCUGCCCCUUGGCCAGGAAGAGACGUCUGGCAGACACUGAGGCAGAGCAGGACCAGCCCUCCUCUAAAAGGAAGUCCCACCCUCUAAAGCUGGUCAUGGACGAGGGCUUCAGCGUGGACAGUGAUGGGAGCAGCGAAGAGGCAGAGGUGGAGGCCAAGGAGGAGGAGAAGGAGGAUAAGACAGAGGAGCUGACCCAGGAACAGCCAGAGCAGGAAGAGGAGACAGAGGAGCUGACCCGGGAACAGCCAGAGCAGGAAGAGGAGACAGAGGAGCUGACCCGGGAACAGCCAGAGCAGGAAGAGGAGACAGAGGAGCUGACCCAGGAACAGCCAGAGCAGGAAGAGGAGACAGAGGAGGAGGAGGUGACAGAUGACAAGGAGUACAACACAGAUGCAGCUGAUGCAGAUGAAGAGGAAUGCAUGAUCAUUGAGCCGGUAUCCAGUAAAACAGCCUGCAAAGCUGAGGAGGGGGAACGGCCUAAGAGAGAGGACUACUCCAGCUACCAUCAGAUCCUAGCCAACUCUCUACUCCACCUGGGCGGGAUCCCCGACACCACAGAGACCACCUCACAUGAGCCCGUUACCAUGGAGACAGAUAAAGAUGUCACAGCUGUGAGGCACUCCGCUCUGGUAGUGGAACACUCAGAGGAGCAGGAACAGCAACCUGCAGAGGAGGAGGAGGAGGAGGAAACCUUUGACCACCCAUACUUCACUGGAGACAUCCACCAGCAGCAGGACAAGGCUGAGGAAGAUGAGGAGGAGGAAGAGUAUGAAGAGGAGAAAAGAGAAGCAGAGCAUCAGCCACAGGAGAUCCUGGAGGAAGAGGAGGAGGAGGAGGAGGAGGAGGAUGAAGAUGACAUUGAGGAGGUGGACGUGAGAGUGCACCCUGUCUUCCUGCCCACAACCAUCACCAUCACUGCAGCAGCUCAGGGACCAGCCACACGGAGGGAGAGAGAGGACAACAGGGCCAGGACUACAGAGGACUACAUCCCCCACAGGACCAGCCACCUGGAGAACUACAACCCCCAAAGGACCAGCCCACUGGAGAACUACAACCCCCACAGAGUCAGCCCCUUACAGCACUACACCUCCCAUAAGGCCUCAGCAGCCUCUGACAUCAUCGAGGUGCGCUCAGAGGAUUCGGGGAAGGACUACGAUGAAGAAGAUGAGGUGGACGGAUGA